AUUUACGAUUUAUUGUCAUUCGCAAAUCGUACGAUUGCGAAACGGUGUGCCGUAAGUGUCGCGAGUGAGUUCGGGCAAUCGGUAACGCGUAAACGCGUCGGAAUUCUCAGUCGCGCGAAAUCGGUCUCAUUGUCGGGAUUAUCGGCGUUGGCCGACAUCUUGUACUCGCAUCAUCGCGUUUGUUUCGUGAAGUACGUGUUUCGGGAGUGUGUUACUGCGUGCAUAAGUUACUACGUAUAACGUAUAACGAUGGCGAUUGAUUGGUUAGGAGAUUCGCGAUACAACGAGAGUCGCUGCAUUAAUUUCGCGUUGUCGCAAAAUCCGCCAACAAAAACAACCGCCAUUACUACCCCUGCAUUCCCGCUUUCCCGCUUUCCGAGAAGAGUGACUUGCGCGUAAUGGUAUCAACGGUCACAAGUGCUGAAUAAAGUAUGUCUUGCAUCAAUUCAACAGAAACGACAUCGUCGCCGGUGAGAAUCCUUAAUGAGACAACUGAUUGCAUCACAUCAGAAUUACAACGAUUGGUCGGCGGAUGGACGUGCCAGCCGCUGGAAAGUCCGAAUUCGGAGGAAAAUACGAAGAAGCCGGUAAAUACUGCGGUCGUCGUCGUUAUCGCCGCGGGCGGCGCAGAAGGGCAAGCGUGUUGACAAAAGUCGGCCGAUUCGCAAGAAGGAAGAAGGAAAGGAAGAAGCGGACGGCGACGCGCAAGAUCAAUUUACCACCGCGAUCUCCGUUGAGACGAACGAAGGAGAGAGGGAAAGACAAAGAAGGAGAGUAUCUUUCAGUGGGAGAAACGACUUGGGAAGGGGAAAGUUUCAAUUCGUCAUCGGAAACGUAAAACCACGCAAGGUCACGUGAACGUCCCCAUCACCGGUGAUCGUAAUACAGUGAUCGCGAGUUUCAUUCAUUCAUCAGAGGCACGCGAACAUUGCAAGAAGACGCGAGACGAUCGAUCAUGGUGACGCACUAUAUUCUUUGAAGAAAUUGUACGAUUACUUUUCUCUUCACAUUUUUCAAGUCUCGAGAAACCAUCUCGAAGAGACGCAAAGCCGACGAGUAUUUAUAUUUUGAAUAUUUUACGCUUCGCAAAUACCUCGAAAGAAACAAGAUUGUCUGGCGAGUGUUUCGAAGAGACUGAGAAAUUCAAUGGUCUACAGCGACUAUUCCGUGCUUUAAUCGUCGUGCAGCAGAUUCUGACUCAUCCGGUCGAAUUUUCACUGCCGCGAGUUUCGCAGAUAUCCUGAAGAGACUCGAGAGAUCAGCCGGUGGAAUCUUGAUCUGCUCUACUUGGUGCGCUUCGAUUAUCCCGAAGAGAGAUUCCAAAUCGCUUCAGUGGAAUCAUUAUCUUCGCUACUUCGUGCGAAUAUUCCGCGAAUAUUCCGGAGGGGCUCAGAAAACCGUCGAUACUAGAACAGCAUCGCGGUCCGUGAUCUCGAGGGGAAAUUCGGUCACGAUACAGUGCUUCGGUUUCCGGUUUAUUGUCGAAUUCGUGAAACUCCCUCGGCCAUAGAGAACAUCGAAACGAUCUCUCGCGAGUGUUUCAUCGCCAAUAUUCCUUCUUUUUUCGGACAAAUGUGCCCUGUCGAGAACAUGAUGCGCCACAUCGCCAUCGCUAUCCUGCUCGCCGUGCUCGCCAGUGGAGCGCCGAGAUCAUCGAUCAUCUACGCGGACGACAGAGUGCAAAAUUAUCUUAUGAAGUUCGGUUACUUACCUCAGAGUGACUUUGAAACAGGAAAUUUACGGACGGAGGAUCAACUCAGAGAUGCUAUAAGAAAUCUGCAGAAAUUCGGCGGCAUUCCUGUGACAGGCGAGAUCGAUGAAAAGACGAAGAAAUUGAUGAAAGCCAGGAGAUGCGGACUGCCGGAUCAGCCGGAUCCCCGAUUGACCAGGACGAGGCAUAAGCGUUUCACUAUUCACGGACAGCAGUGGCCGUAUCGAAAUCUCACCUGGAGUCUGAGAUCCGAGCAACCCAGUGGUCUUGACACAGGCGGGGUCCGGUUGGAGCUGAGCAAGGCCCUCGAUCUCUGGGCCAGGAAUUCCAGACUUACUUUCCAAGAGGUUAACAGCGACCGCGCCGAUAUCUUGGUCUACUUUCAUCGGGGUUAUCACGGAGAUGGAUAUCCGUUCGAUGGCAGAGGUCAGAUCCUGGCGCACGCGUUCUUCCCGGGCAAAGAUCGCGGCGGGGACGCUCACUUUGACGAAGAGGAGAUAUGGUUGCUGGACGACGAUAGCAAUGAGGAAGGCACCAGCUUGUUUGCGGUGGCCGCUCAUGAAUUUGGCCAUUCUCUGGGACUAGCGCACAGUUCGGUUCAAGGUGCUCUUAUGUAUCCUUGGUAUCAAGGAUUAAGUCCCAACUACGAGCUGCCAGAGGACGACCGGCAUGGGAUUCAGCAGAUGUACGGCGCUCCCGAGGACAAGCUCUGGGGCAAUAUACCAGGUGGCCCGCUACCACCGGAACGACCGUCACCGCCAACUCCUACGACUACGAUUAGGACGACGACGACGACGACGACGGCGAGAACGAGGACAACGUACAGGCCAUGGAGGACAAGGCCCACCAGACCGAAUCAUUAUCCGGACGACGGUAGACCCCGACAACCGGGUCGAUAUCCCGAGAGGCAGAAACCGGAUUAUCGGCAGCACAAAACUCAUCGGCAUCACACGACAUGGUCGACGACAACGACGACAACAAUGAGGCCCACACCGAGAUUCAGACACCGAUGGACCCCACCGCAGCGGGACGACGUGCCUGACAAGUGUGACACCAGCUAUGACGCCAUCAGCAUCAUCCGCAGGGAGGUCUUUGUUUUCAAAGGACGAUAUCUGUGGCGAAUAGGCGAUUUCGGGAUUUAUGAGGGAUAUCCGGCAGAGAUUAUUAGGCUAUUUAACUUGCCACCAAAUAUUGAUCACGUGGACGCCGUGUAUGAGCGGCCAGACAAGAAAAUAGUCUUCUUCAUCGGCCGCGAGUACUACGUCUUCAACGCUAAUAAUUUGGAGCCGGGCUAUCCGAAGCCAUUAACGAAUCUAGGAUUACCGCUAGCUCUGGAGAAGAUUGACGGCGCCAUGGUGUGGGGCCACAACGGCAGGACCUAUUUCUUUAGCGGCUCUAUGUACUGGAGGUUCGAUGAAUCUAUCAAUUACGUGGAACUCGAUUAUCCCAGAGAAAUGAGCAUGGCGUUCACUGGCGUUGGAAACGACAUUGAUGCCGUUUUCCAGUGGAAAGAUGGCAAAACAUAUUUCUUCAAGGGCAAAGGCUUUUGGGAGUUCGAUGAUCUCACGAUGAGGGUAGCGCAUGAGAAGCAGAAACUCUCGGCGCCAGUCUGGAUGGGCUGCCCGCCGCCGGAAGUGGAGACCAAUGAUAUUGAGACCAAUCUACCCAGGAAGUCGAAGAUUGUCUCUGCUUCUGCCACCGUAAAUGCGGAAAGUACUAUGCUGCUACUCGUAAUAAUCGUCACGAGCUUCAUCGCGAGGAUAAUGUACGUGUAAAAACAAAAUUAUCACUGUAACUACGCGCAAUGAGGAGCAUUUCAUAAUUUACACAGGGAUUUCACGUGCAAACAGCAAAAGUCAGAUUUUCACAGUGGACCGUCAGUGGAUUUGGCAAAGGCACAUAGUAAAAGAACAUGUUGUUUGCGUGUUGAAUGAAGAUUCAAAGGAAUCUUAUGUCACACACAUUUGUAUCUACGAACUUGAUCUCUUCGCUAAUCCUCCCGAUGGAAGAAACGUGGUUUGAAGCUCUGAGAUUGUUGAUAUCGGCCUACAUCACGGAAUUCCCCCUCCAUAUUUUCGAGAGGAGGAUAUAUCGUAUUUGAUAAUCGUAAAGAUCGAUUAUAAAAAUUUUGAGGUACAAUAUUACGAAGAAAGAAUUGAAUUUUUUCCAUAAAUAUUCUCCACUUUCAUAAAACCGCUCUUUACUUUGGAUAAAACUAUAUUGAUAUAAGAGAAUAUAAUCUUCUCUCUCACGAAAAAAAGUGACUUAAGUCCAUAUCAUGAAUUUUAACAAAAAUAGUACCACUGUGCCGCACGGAAGCAUAUUUUUGUACACUGCCUCUUUACACGGCCGCAUUUACAUGUGAAAUAAUUAACUUAAGAAGUAAUUUAUAGCGCUGAACGAGCGACGAGUCCCCGAACAAAAGCGAGAGUCCUUGAAGACGUUUCACAGACAAUCUUGCGAUCCUAGCAAUUGCAAACUGCCACUGCCAAAAAUCCAUCCAACAUUUUUCGAUGUUUCUUUACAGAGGUUUUUUAAUCGAGAGGAGUGUUCUCGCGUUGUAUAUCUUUCUCAAGGACCGUCACUGAAAAAGAACCCUACGAUCGUCCGUAAAUCGCAAUGCAAUUUUUACUUGGAAUCGAAUCGGCAAACUCUAGGCAAUAAAGUAAUCGAUUCCGACAGACUACGUAUUUUAUAUAAAUAUUGUAAUAAUUAUUAAUACCGCAUAAUUUAGUAAAAAAGGACACGAGCAAGACGCAGUGUCGCCAGUUUUGUAAACUGUGAUAUUUAUAUACCGCGCGAUCAAGUAGUUAGUAUAAUGUCAAAAGAAAUAGCACAAAAUCAAUUUCGCAGAUUUUUAUACAGGGGUGUUUCUGAGAUAUUGACACGAGCUUUGCAGACGUAUUUCAUCUUAACACCAACGUGUACGAUUUCCAAAUUGCAUGGACUUUUAUUUCUAAAUUUCGACGCUUAACAGUCGAGACUCCAAUUCGUAAAAAGUAAAAAAUAAAAACUGACUACUAAGCCAAUUUUUGCAAAAAAAAAAUUGGUCUUUGAUUAAUCUUGAAAUAGGCUUGCAAAGUUUGUUCACGUUCCGAAUGUACACACACUCGCGUAUAUACAUGUUAUAUAUAAUUAUAUGAGUAUAUUAUAUAGUCGCGCAUAUCGCAGAAUGUACUGUGUCAGUGAAAUGCGCAGCAUUGAGACGGAGACGAACGAUAUGAUAUUAUAUUUCUGUUAUCGAUUAACGACGACUCAAUUUUUGUUCUUCCGAUUGAGUAAUUGUUGUUGAGAAACGCAUCGGGACAAUACAUCUCGCUCAUACCGAACGAACGAAGCGAGAAAGCUCCCUUCGUUUAUUCCAAACUUAAGGGAAAAGUUAGCGUAAUAUUGCUGAUUAUAUGCUAUACGUAUUUUAUAUAUGUAAGUUCGUGCUUUAUAUGUGUAUAUACGGAAAUAAAGUGAUUUCGCGUGCGCGCGAACACAUGCCCAACGCAA